AGCUGCUCGCCCUUGCCCUUAAUCCCCGCCGCGGGCCCCUCCGGCCCUCGUGGGCGUCCGUCUCUUCCUCCCUGUGACCUCCUCCCGCGGAUGUCCUAACUCCACCCGAGGCCCGGGACGCCCGGUCCGAGGCCCGGGCCGCACCGCCGGGCCCCCGGGUCCGCUUCUGCUCUCACCGUCUCGUUUCUUUCCCCAGGGUUUGCGGGGUUCACCCCGAGGAGAGCUGACUGUCCGGGGCCGCCGCUGACCUGCGGCACAGCGGAGCCAAAAUGUCCCCGGAGUCUAAAAAGCUCUUCAACGUCAUUAUCUUAGGAGUUGCCUUUAUGUUUAUGUUCACUGCCUUUCAAACUUGUGGGAAUGUGGCGCAAACUGUCAUCAGGAGCUUAAAUAGCACAGAUUUUCAUGGCAGUGGAUAUACCAGCAUGGCUAUUAUUUAUAGCGUGUUCUCCGCUUCAAAUUUGAUUACACCAUCAGUGGUUGCCAUUGUUGGCCCUCAACUCUCCAUGUUUGGCAGUGGCUUGUUUUAUAGCAUGUACAUUGCCGUUUUUAUCCAGCCUUUCCCAUGGUCCUUCUACACAGCGUCAGUCUUCAUUGGAAUCGCAGCUGCUGUACUUUGGACAGCACAAGGAAACUGCCUGACAAUAAAUUCAGAUGAGCACACUAUUGGGAGAAACAGUGGGAUUUUCUGGGCACUCCUGCAGUUUAGCUUGUUCUUUGGAAAUCUCUACAUAUAUUUUGCCUGGCAAGGGAAAACUCAAAUAUCAGAGAGUGACCGGAGAACAGUGUUCAUUGCUUUGACUGUGAUCAGCCUUGUGGGGACAGUUUUGUUCUUUCUCAUUCGGAAGCCAGAUCCUGAAAACGUCCUUGGAGAAGAUGAAUCUUCCGAGGACCAGGAACCAGAAAUCAAUGAGUCUGCCCAGAGCAAUAUGACAAAGGCAGUAGAAGCAUUUAAAAAGUCUCUGAGGUUGUGUGUCACCAAGGAGAUGCUGCUUCUCAGUGUUACAACCGCUUACACAGGUCUGGAAUUAACUUUUUUCUCUGGUGUAUAUGGAACCUGUAUUGGUGCUAUGAACAAAUUUGGAACAGAAGAGAAAAGCCUGAUUGGACUGUCUGGAAUUUUCAUCGGCAUUGGAGAAAUUCUAGGUGGAAGCCUCUUUGGCCUGCUGAGCAAGGAUAAUCGUUUUGGUAGAAACCCAGUGGUGCUGUUGGGCAUCCUGGUGCACUUUAUAGCUUUUUACUUAAUAUUUCUCAACAUGCCUGGAGAUGCCCCAAUCGCCCCUGUGGAGGGAACCAACAGCAGUGCCUACAUCAGACCAAGCAAAGAAAUCGCCAUCCUGUGCAGUUUUCUGUUGGGCCUGGGAGACAGCUGCUUCAAUACCCAGCUGCUCAGCAUCCUGGGCUUUCUCUACUCUGAAGACAGUGCUCCAGCCUUCGCUGUCUUUAAGUUUGUUCAGUCCAUCUGCGCAGCCGUAGCGUUUUUCUACAGCAACUACCUUCUCCUUCACUGGCAACUCCUGCUCAUGGUGGUGUUUGGGUUCUUCGGAACGAUUUCAUUCUUCACUGUGGAAUGGGAUGCUGCCGCCGUCGUGGCCCGGGGCUCUGAGUACCGAAGCAUUUGAUGAGGUGCCGGGGAAGGGAGGCGUGUACCUUCGGAGACCGCGGCUGCUCCAGAGCUGGCUGCAGAAGCUGUCUAGCAUUUCCACAACGCGUGGAUGAUGCGAGUGUGGAAAAAUCAAAGCCUGAGACUGUUCCAUCAGACAGAGUCGGUACUGAAGUUUACAGCUGCUUGGCUACUUAACAAGCGGAAUAAGGGAAUCCUGUUGUGUGGUUAUAAUUGUUCAAAGAUGUUGUUUUCUGAUUCACCUAUCUCAAGUUCUUUAUAAUCAUGUUAGACAGUGCAGAGGUUUUCUUCUCUCUCCUGUGCCCAUUGAGCCAUCCUGCCAUUGUCCUACAGAGAGCCUCGCUGGGCGAGGCAAGCUUGCUGUGUGCUACGGAGAUGCCCAGGCCACGCCACACGGGCACUGUGGAGCAGUCCUAUGCUGAGGUGCAUCUGACUUCAAAAAGAUGGCUUCCUCUUGGAGUGCUUCGCUCCCAAAGUUCUCUUACCUUCCUCAUAGCAAGACGGGCCAAUUAAGUAUUAUAAAAUGAGGUAAACAUUGUCUCGCUUAAAAUGUAAGUGCAACAUCUGUGACAAAAACAAAAACAUUGGAAAGUUAAGCUAAGGGAGGGCUUUUGCUAGUCAUUUUCCUGAAAGAUACAAUGCAAACAACAACAAAAACCCCAGCAAGUUCUAGGGCUAAGUUAGACCCCCUCAGUCGCUGUGCUACAGAAAUGGGGCAGAACUAUUUGGAAAAUGUUUAAAUGCAAAUGUUCACUUCCUCCAUAAAAUUCUGAAAAUUGCAAUAUACUUCAGAAACCAUAAAAUUCACCAUUUUAAAAAAGAGUA